CAACAGCCCUACGGAACCGCACCCACUUUGCCGCGUUUGUGAUUGGUCAACUCCAUUGGUCCUGUGUUUUCAUUGGCUGGACAGGCUUCAGAGAAGCUGGACAGCCGAAGAACCUUGAAAUUAAUUAAGUCACGCUUCUGUUCAUUGACUGUUCACAUCGCUCACCCUCCAACAUCAAGGCAACCACCACCGGCGAAGACUAUUCAACCAUGGAUGCUAGGAAUCCUGGAUGUGAAUUGGAUUUGGGCUGGGUCAACAGUGUUCGAAUAAAUUUGCCUUCAGUAAAGCGUCGAGCAGAGACUCUUGGCACUAAGCGUACUGUCAAAAAGCAAUGGCAAGCAGCAUGGUUACUGCGAGCUGUCACAUGCAUCGAUCUCACCACUCUUUCAGGUGAUGACACUGAUGCAAAUGUUGACAGGCUGUGUCAUAAAGCUGCUCAUCCCAUUCGACAUGACAUCAUCAAAGCUUUAGGAAUGGAAGAUGCUGGUAUAACUUGUGGGGCUGUGUGUGUAUACCCUGCCCGAGUAGAGGGUGCUGUCAGAUCAUUGAAGAAAAUUGGAUGUGACAUCCCAGUUGCUGCUGUUGCCACUGGCUUCCCAUCUGGGCAGUACUAUAUGAAGACACGACUUGAAGAAAUCAAACUUACUGUUGCAGCUGGAGCAAAGGAAAUAGAUAUUGUAAUCAAUAGGGAAAUGGCCUUAACGGGGAACUGGAAAGGCCUUUAUGAAGAACUUAAAGCCAUGCGAGAAGCCUGCGGGGAUGCCCACAUGAAAGCUAUCCUUGCUGUCGGUGAAUUAGGUUCUAUGGCUAAUGUAUAUAAAGCGUCACUUGUUGCCAUGAUGGCGGGGUCAGAUUUUAUCAAAACGUCUACUGGCAAGGAAGGAGUGAAUGCCAUAUUACCAGUUGGAGUUGUUAUGUGCAGAGCUAUCAGAGAAUAUCAUCAGCAAACAGGAUAUAAGGUGGGUUUCAAGCCUGCUGGUGGAAUCCGUGCUGCAAAAGAUGCUUUAAAUUGGCUCGUACUUAUUAAAGAAGAACUUGGGGAUGGUUGGUUAAACAACCAUAUGUUCAGAAUUGGGGCUUCAGGUCUGUUGGGUGACAUCGAGAGACAGCUUUUCCACUAUGUCUAUGGUCGUUAUGCUGCAGGAUCAGAACUCCCUAUGGCUUGAAAAUUCAAAGAAGUAUUUCCUUCCUUCAAUGCUGAAAGAUUUGCCUCAGUACUGAUAGCUUAUUUUCGGUGCUUUAAUGUUCUUUGGUUAUUGUUGAUAAAUUACAGCUGCAUUCCCUUGUUAUGAUUACAGAAAUCUCUCUCAGUCUAUGUCUUCAAAUGAUAAUGGAAAAUCCUUUUUGUUAGCAUAAGUAUUUGUGUCAAUUUUUUGCACCAUCCACAGAUAUUUGAGGCAUAUCGUGCAAGUCUGUACAAGAGAUCAGUAUUUGUAAGUGUGAUGUAAUGGCAUGCAGUAAAAUAAGCUCCUUCAAUUCAAGUAAAUUUUAUCAUUGCACAUAAAGUUAUAUGACCAACAAUUUUUCUAGUUGUGUGUACAGUAGGAAACAGACAUGCUUUGUCUUGUAUAGGUGAAGUAUAUCCCUGGAAAUUAAAUUGUGCUACCUCAUUGGUAUACAAAAGGUAAGUCUUAAAAAAAAAAAAAAAAAAAAAAUAUGACUGCCUGUUUUGGUGCAUUCCAUUACUUAUAAAGUACAUAGCUUUAUAUUUUAUAUAAAACAAGUUUGCUGUAUGGUAUAUAUAAAGUAGCUUUGUAUUUUAUAAUAAACAAAUUUGCUGUAUAGUAUAUAAACAUCAACUUUUGAACACUAGAAUACAUGGUAAACUAAUGUAAAUAGUAAACAAUGUAGCUAUCUCAGAAGUAGAUAUAUCAGUGUUUUGAAUUGAAAACUUUCGAUCGAGUUUUUUACUUGAUUAUUAGUGUGGAAGAAUGCAAGACUAUACACUGGAGUAUAUUAUAAGAACUUCUAAGAUCCCCUGACACUUUUCUCCAACUCCCUUCUUCAAGUUAAAUAAAUGCAUUGAAAAGUAUUCCCAAGUAGUUCUAGGUAGCUUGUGUCAAUGCCUCCUAUUUGGGCAGCUGAUUAUUAUUACUUUUACAGUUUCAUUAAUCUUGGUCCCAAGAUAGAAACUAUGCAGAACAGUUUAACUUACAAAGAUAGUUUCUUGAAGUUGUUCAAACCAUUUCUGACAUAGCAUCCACUCCUUGUGACUUGUAGAAACUUUUAAGACACCUAUAUAUCUGCAAAAAUUCUUGCUAGAAAACGAAGGAUGUGGUCACUACAUCUGAAAUAAAUAUUGUUAGCAUUGCCAAAGAAGCAGGCAACAAGUUGUUUAGGCUAUAGAAUACUACACACAGACAUAGUCUAGGGGAGAAAUAGAGUACAGACUAUAGUAGUAAUAAAUUUACUGGUAAAUAUUAAUGAUUGGUGAUACUCACUUGCCUAGUAUCGCAAGUAUUCUUUUCUAAGGCAAUGUUUGAAAGCCUGCCCUUUCUUUCAACCACCAAUUAAUAUUCUUUAGUGAGGCUAUGGUUUGUAUUUUUUUGUAAAUUAAUAAUUUGAGGGGCUUGCAAAUGAGUACAAAUAUGUAUUGCAAAAGAUGACAGGUUGAAACAUGUAGGUUACUACUUUCAUUAGCAUAGCUGCCCUGUAAAAAGGAAUGAUAGAUUAAAUGCUACAAAGGGAGGAAACAAAUUUUAUUUCAAAAGAGGGCAAUGGGACAAUUUCUGAAAUUCUUGAAACCUUGCUUGAAUCUUAAUUGAUACCAACACACACUUAUGAUUCAAAUUGCAGAUAACUUGACAGUUACUGUUGUAACUAGCACAAAUUUUAAGUUUAAAGUGAAAUAUGGACAAUGAAUACUUCGUUUAAAUUAUGGACUUGAUCAUAUUCAAUAAGAAGAGCACUGGUAUACUUUUUCAUUUUGAAAAUAAAACCCUUCACAUUUAGGUCACCCAGACCUGUUCUGAAAAUAUAUAAAAUUAAAAAUGAACAUACUAAAUUAUGAUGAAAAAAAUAAAUGGCCAUGUUAAAUUAUGAUGAAAAAAAAGAUAUAUCCACGUAGAAAAGGAAAUCAACAUUUGUGCAUAAGGAACAAUGAUGUAGACACUGACUGAAAACAAGCUUAAAACUACAGAUUGCAAUCCAAAAACUUACAUUUUUGCAUAUAUGUAUAGUACAUAAAUUAUCUCUGGCAGACAUCUUUAAAAAUUAUAAUUGUACAAGGAUAUGCAACUACUUGCUUUUGGAGUCCGAGUGUAAAAGCUGCCACUAACGUUCAUUCAUACCUGUACAGUUAUUCCUGUAUAGUCAGCCUGUGCAAGCCAAACUGAUCAUUAACAUGAAGAACCUGUGCAUUUUUUCUUGCCUGGGCAAGUAGCCUGAGAAAAUAGCUGAGUCUCGAUCGACAAGCCUACUGCCAAACUGCCUGUGCAUGCGAACUUCGUUCAUGUGGGGACGCAACGUUUUUGGCUCAGUUUGUUUCCUGUCCCUGGACAGGUAUUAUGUACCAGUCAGGAACAGUUUGGGGUUUUAUUAAAUUAAGUGUUUAUACCUAAUCUCAUGAUGUAUCAGAUUUACUUAGUUUUUUUAAUGAUAUGGAUAAGAGAAUAUAUAGAUACAGUGGUCACCCAUAUUUGCGAGGGAUGCGUACCAGACCCCCCGGUGAAUAGUUAGGACCCGCGAAUGUUUGGAACCCCUAUAAAAACACUAAAAACAGCCUAUUUUGUUAACACUCAAGAAAAACCCACAAAAAAUUUUCAUACUUGGAUUUUUUAAUAUUUUUAUCUCAAAAAAUGCAUUUUAUGAUGAAAUUGAUCAAAGAAACCAGGAAUUUGUGGAUAUUUCUCAUACAAAAAUACCGCAAAUGUACGAAUUUUCCGCGAAUAAUGCGGGGAAGCACUCCCGAGAAAAAUCCGCAAAUCCGGAGAACGAGAAUACGGGGAGUCCACUGUAUAUACGUGUAUUUAUAAUUUUGCACUGAAAAUGGCAGCAUCAUCCUUGAAAUUCUUGUAGAUUUCAUUGGAAUCUAUAUGAAUGAGAUUUUGCUUGGGCACGUAAAGUCCUCAGGCUAUCGUAACAUAUUAAGCCUAUUAUGUUUAAUACAGUGGUCAUUAAUAAUAUAUUUGUCAGUUUUUAAAUGAGAAUAAUUAUCGCAAAAUAAUGUAAAAUGAGAACAGGCCUGUAUUGUGUCUAUUCUUGAUUAUGCAUCACUUAUGUAAUUCACCAUAAAAGGACAAAAUAAUAUUCUCGUUCCUAAUGAGAAAAUUAGACUAGUAGGUUUAUAACAUUGUUUACAUCCCAUGUAAGCCAGUUUUAAAAUGAAAUCAUAUAUGUAAUUCACUUUAAAUGACAAAAUAAUAUUCUACUUUCUGAUACAAAAAUAAUUAGACUAUGUACUUUUAUACAUUGUUCACAUCCCAUGUAAGCCAGUUAUGAAAUGAAAAUAGACUUAACAAAACACACAUGAAGCAAAGGAACAGUAGUAUAAUGCUCAUAACACAUCAUAAAGUCAUUCUUUAAAUAUAAACAAAUCUGUAUUGAUCAUUUAAAUGAAACAUAAAAACCACAUUAGGUCUAAAUAUGUAAACUUUGAAAUAAAAACAAACAAUUACUCAGUUAACUCAAUUACCCUGCAAUGGAAUUCUUGCUUCAUUCAUAAAAUAUUCAAUAAACAGUAUGAUUUAAGUCCUUGGGGCCAAAUAUUAACUUUCAAUAAAUUCAUGUAAAGAGCACUGAA